UUCUUCGAAAAGAAAAAGCAGUCGCCCGUUCCUUUGUGGCUUGAAUGGGUAAACUGAAUCAGCUACUUAACUGAUAGCUGCCUGCUUUCCAUCCUCCCUCCGAUUCAAAGAACAAAGUUGGUUCCUCGUUUUAUUCCGCUUCUCUAAUCUGCACCAACUAAGCUCAAUCUUACCUUACUUCCCUAUCCACUUCCUUCAGUGCUCAUAUUCUACGGAGUCUCUUCAACCAUACCAUAAUCUUAUCAGCUUCCUCAUCUUUCCUCGCAACCUCUCGAUCGUCUUUACUACACUACCUCCCACCCCCACCUUACUUUACCUUUCCCCCCUUUCACCAAGCUAAGAAAAAUGCUAUGGCAGCUGCCCCGCUAGAGACCUCUAGCACCCCGCCCGACACUACCCCAGCCGAUACGACGCGUUCCUUUGGUGAUUCCAUGGAAGAUAACGACCCUCAAUCUACGCGAAAACGUCCCCGUCUUGACAGUGGAAGUGGAGCAUGUGAUUCCUGGUCCAUUUCCAACGACACUUCCGUAUCUCAAGGUCCCAACCACAUCACCGAUGCUCCUGCCAUUUUGGGCGAGGAAGCUUCCCCGUCGUCUCGUUCGGCCAGUCGAGUGACCAUUAACGUGAAGUCCCCGAUUUCCGAAACCAUGGCUUCUGCUCCUAGCGAUUCGCCGACAAAACAGGCCGGUCCCAGCCAGCCAACUGCUCUUUCCGAUGGGGCCGGUGUCGAAGCUCCCGCCGCAAUAUCCCUGUCGUCUUCGCCUGCGCAGAGUCCGGAAAUCGAGGUGGCAGAUCUGGAAGAUAUGGACCAGGAUCCCAAUACGUCGAGUUGGAAGCCGCUAGGGGAGGCACUGCGGGAACCGGCAACCCCGGAGCUUGUACAGCUUCACGACCAUCUGUCUUUGAUAGACACAUUUCCGAAGCUUCGUCCGGGAACGGAGUCGCGCGAGAGCAUGGAAGAAAUCAGUGUUGCCCUGGAGAAAGGCUCGGACCUCGAUACCACAAUCUUCAACGCUGUGAAAACGUGGCUAGACGAUGUGGUGAACAACCUCAAUUCGUUAACAUAUGCAGUCUUGGUAGAGGACCGCGACGCUUGGGAAGAGGUACCAAGCAUGAUGAAUGGCUUGUUACGCCGGAUUCAGGUGCUCGUACCGGAGCAAGGCGAGGCCCUGUGGGCUUGCUUGGAAGAAUUCAUCCUCAGCUAUGCCCAGCUGGCCCUCCACAUUGUUCGUCUCGAUACCUUGCUUCUGGACCGGGCGGUCAAGGACCCGAAUCUGCAGCCAUCAGAACUGUUGUCCAAAGGUUAUUUGCCGUCGCUAGGAUGGAUACUGCAGAUCAAUCUUAUCCCUUUCUUCCGUGCUAUGGAGAAAUCCUUUGGCAUUGAAGUCCCUAAUAUGAUCACACGUAUCAACGAUAAACUCGCCUCGCCUCCAUAUGACAUCGUUAAGCGACUGUCCGAGUUCGCGGCUUGCCUCACGAGCUUGGUAACUCAGUGGCCAUACUUGUCACAGGCCUUGAUCUUAGUCCUCGACAUCGUGAAUAACCUAGUAGAGUCGGGCGUCGAGCGACGCAAGUACGGUGUUGACGAAGAACUUCUCAAUUCUCCCGUCUACAGCCGUACCCUCAAGGCGCUCUACCCCUUGGUUCGAGCUUUUGACGACAAGUAUCAAUUUCACAUCACCAAGAAGUCUUCGUGGUUGUCCAGCGAAAUCAGCGAACCAAUGCUUCGCGCUGUCUCCCACACAUAUCUUAACUUCUGCCUUUGGAGCCGAGAAUGGUCGGACCAGAUUGCGGAUGAUCUCUCCAUCCAGAUUCCUGCUGACAUCCCACCUGAUAUCUCACUUGAAGCUCGGGCUUUCGUUGUCUAUUAUGGUUGGAAAUUCGCUGUGCUGAAGAAGCAUAUCAUGGACGGGCGGAUGGAACUCAGAGUGCACGGCAUGGAGACGAUGCAGCUCGAUCUUGUCACUGUCUAUCGGCAGUAUAUUCAGCCAAGCCCCGAUGGUAUCGAUCACCCAGUUGUUCAAUACCUGGUGGACUUCCUGAAGCGGAAUCGUAUGGUGGAAUAUAUUGUUGGCAUCGAUUCGCACCCGCAGCUGAUCAGCCGAAGUGGGAACGUCGUCGGAUUUUUGGUGGUCACGUCCACGUAUACCGACGCUGAUACCGACACGAUAUGGAGGACGGUAACGGAGAGCCCGGAUUCACGAGCGGUGUCCGAAAUCUUGGGAAUGUUGUCCAGAACUUUUCAUAUGCACGUAUCUACGUCGCCUACAUUGCUUUACCUUUGCUCUAAGCUGUUGGAACUCCCGUUGGCUCGCUUCGAUGCGCGAAUGAUCGAAUUCUGUGAACAGUUGCUCUACCAUAUGCGCGAGAAACACAGUGAACGGCAUCGCCACGAGCUCCUAGGACAUGUGGACGCUAUUCCGCUACGUCUUUGUGUGCGCCUCAUUCGGGAGAGCGCUGCUACUGACGAGCUGUCCGUGGACCACAAGGCCCAGCUCCAAAAGUUUGCGGCCCACCAACUCAGUGCUUUUAUGGAUAUUGGUCUGAGUGAGUCCGACAAAAUGGAAACCUACGAGCUUUGCGUCCAAGACUUAGCCGAGAUGAACGAAUUUACAGCUGGCAGUAUUCAGGCCUUGAAUGCUCUUCUCGCGAAUAAUGACACUCAAAGCGUCCGCAAGCUCGCCGAGGAUUUCGAUUUGACGCGCUUGGUGAUAAUCGAGCUUACGAAAGCAGUGGCCAACCAACAAAUCGAUAUCGAAGAUACUUUCUCUUGGAAUGGGUUUCUUUCGCGCAUACACCUACUGGCUCGCAUCAUCGAUAGUGUCCCUGAGUUUAUAACAGCAGAUCUGAGCGAUAUCCUGUGGCGUGAGGUCAUGAUGUCAAAGUCGCUCGUGCAGCAGGGCAGACGAGUCCUCUGGGACAGGCUCUGUGCUCUAACACGAUGUGCCGCACAAGCGAACCCUUUCAUCGAGCGAUGCCUCUCCGAGUAUCUGCCAAAGCUUUCGCCUGAUGAGGACUAUUCGCCGGAGGUCCUUUACUUCGCAAAACAUGCAGUCAACUAUGAGAUUCGCUUCCAUCCUCCUCCAGUUGCUGGCGAGAAUGAAGUCGUGACCAUUCCAGGUAUGGAGCGAAUCUGGAACAUGAUUUUGACUGCACCACCUGGUACCAUUGAAACAGACGCAACUAGCUACGCCAUUGAAGUGUACCUUGAUCAUAGCGUGAUCAAUCGCUCCCCUCGCUCUGCAGUUGAAGCAACUCAUAUUGCGCUGGUCGAUCGCUGCGUCGAACAGCUCAAAACAGCUGCUUCUAAUCUGCGCCCUGCACUUGCACACAGUGACCGGCCCACGGGCACCGCAUCUGAGUCUAGUGUCCACCCGGAAGAGCUAAGAUUCAGUCGUUCCUUGCUUUUCCUGCGCCAAUUCCUUCAGGGUUUGAGAAGCCGCCCUCAGUAUAGCCCUCCUCAGAACUCAGCAUCCCUCGAUCUGCCAACUAAAGUCAUCAAUGGUGAAUUGAUCAAUAUUCGCUAUCAAGCUUUCAACGGUGGUACCCAAACCAAGGUAAACUCAUUGCAGAUUGGGGAUCUAUCAACCGCUGCGGAGCUCGUUGAAACUCUAGUCCGUGUGACAGGUUUCAGCAAGCUGAACACUAUAUUUGGAGGCCAGCGGGUUGAUCUUUCUGAGAAGCCCGACAUCACCUUGCGGGAUUUGAAGCUUGGAACUGGCCUCCUGAUCGUUCGUCGGGAUCCAGAAAGUCGAGAAGUAGCACUUACUGGACGACGCCAGUCUUUGACUUCGGUAGAUUCUGAAGUGCUCAAGCAUUUCGAUGAUCUCUAUGAUCUUCUGGGUAUAGAGGAACAUCUAGCACGAGAAAUUUAUGACUUCCUUACCGUGUUUCCGCCGCAGGAGAGAGUUUUACAGCUGGUGAAGUCCAUUGAGAAGACUGAAGACGACAUGUUUCCUAUGGACAAACCCUACUACUUUUUAUACUCGGUCCAUGCGCUUUCUGUAUGUCUUCGCGAGGAGGCUUUGGAGUCAUCCCCGAAUCAAAGCUAUGUGUCUCAUAGCAUCAAAGUCCUCAUUUCCGCAUUGACACGUCCUGCUAUGUCCGUUGCUUUGGAAGAAAGUGCUACAAAGCUGAUGUUUGCCACGCAUCUCGUCGAAUGCCUACUCUACGCUCUCUUAGUGCAACCGGCUCGUGUUUCUGAUACACCAUUGGAUACACCAUUGAUCUCAGAUCCAUCAGCGUUAUCCCGGAAACUUCUUGAGUGCAUAGACGUUGCGCGAAGAUUGCCAUGCUUUCAAAUUCCAGAACCUAGUGUCUUCAAGCUAAUAUGCCACUCCUUCGCCAUCAUCACUGAAGGUUCUGUACGUGACCUCAACUUCUGGAGCGCAGUCAAACAGUGCACAGGGUUCGACACGCUUCUGGUGUCGCUCUUGUUGGACGAACCUCGUCAGCCCAUUCGGAAGGGCAUUGCAGAGAAUAUAGCUGUUGUCUGUAGUCCUUCAUCGCUGCUGAAGAAGCAGGCCAGGCCUGCACGCACAGAAAGUGAAGAGGCGAAUGUCGCUUCAGACUUUGGGAAUCCUAUCCGUGUGGACAUCUUAGCUACGAUCUGGGAUGCUUUCACCAAGGCCUUUCCGAAGACCCUGGAUCAUGCGCCUUACUCCCACGAGUUCUUCGAGGUUGCCUUCCUGGUUUUCCGCUCCGUCGCUGAAAAAUCGCCGCAAGAUUUGGUGUUCAGCCAGUAUCUCAAGGACUGGAGUCAGAUUAUGCUACGUCAUGAAACCGAAGAGUUUGUCGGUCGCGAGCUUGUGGACGACCUGAUUUUGGGUUUCUGUCGCCUGCUGAAAACAUGCCUCGAUCUGGCGAACAACACGGAGACCGCGAUAGACACUUUCGAUCUUGCUGAGCAACUUUUCGACAAGUAUCUCUUUCCUGACCUAUCGUUGCCGUCAGAUGACCCGAUUGUCCCUCAGAUCCCAGUCAUGCACACACAAACCCGCCAGGAGUUGUAUUCUAUCCUUUGUCAGCUCAGCGAGAUCGACAACAAUUAUGCUAAAUUGGUGGAUCGUCUCCUAGAUGUCAUCCCGCAGGAUUACACCUACUCUCCUUCGUGGUGCUUCGAUCGCUUCAAGCUGAUUCGCUCGCCGGAGGGCUAUGCAGGACUCAAGAACUUGUCCAAUACUUGUUACUUGAACUCUCUCCUUACCCAAUUGUUCAUGAAUGUGGGUUUCCGUGAAUUCAUGAUGCAGCUCGAGCUCGAGGAUCCAGAGACCUCACAGACCUUGCUUGAUGAGACGAAGAAGUUGUUCGCAUACAUGCAAGAGACGUGGCAAAAGAGUGUCGACUCACAGGGAUUCGUUGAUACCAUCCGCACUUACGACAACGAAGCGAUCGAUGUUACCGUUCAGAUGGACGUCGACGAGUUUUACAACCUGUUAUUUGAUCGAUGGGAGGCUCAAAUCCCGGGCCAGGAAGAGAAAAAGAAAUUCCGCUCGUUUUACGGCGGUCAGCUCGUGCAGCAGAUAAAGUCCAAGGAAUGUCCCCAUAUUUCCGAGCGUCUCGAGCCAUUCUCAGCCAUCCAGUGCGAGAUCAAGGGCAAAGCAAGCCUUGAAGAGAGCUUGCAAGCCUACGUCGAGGGAGAAAUUAUGCAGGGUGAUAACAAAUACUCUUGUACAUCCUGUGGUCGUCAUGUCGACGCAGUCAAACGAGCUUGUCUGAAAGAUGUACCUGACAACCUCAUCUUUCAUUUAAAGCGCUUUGACUUUGACAUGGUGACAAUGAUGCGAAGCAAGAUCAACGACGAGUUUAAAUUCCCUGAGCGCAUCGACAUGAGUCCUUACAAUGUCGAGUAUCUUGCCGAUCAGAGCACGGAUAUCAAAGAGGAUAUGUUCGAACUGGUAGGGGUUCUGGUACACAGCGGCACUGCCGAGUCUGGGCAUUAUUACUCUUUCAUCCGUGAGCGGCCCACGGCCGACAACAGGGGGUCAUGGGUCGAAUUCAAUGAUUCAGACGUCACGCGGUUUGAUCACGGCAAAAUCCCAGAUCAAUGCUUUGGCGGCAUCAAUGACUCUCUUGGAUCUUCUUCGAUGGGUCAAAUGCGGUUCAACAAGGCUUGGAACGCUUACAUGCUUUUCUAUCAACGCGUUUCGAGUAUGGAAUCAGCAAAAUUGACAUAUAAGCCUACAAGACCCCAUCAUUCAGUACGGGUUCAAUUGCCAAUCCCUCUUGCAAAUCACAUCACCAUGGAGAACGAACUAUUUAUACGGACAUACUGUUUGUUGGAUCCUUACCACUCGUUCUUUGUCCGGUUUAUGCUCUCCUUGCUCCGUGACUCCGAGGACCCUAGGCGUGAGGAGAGGUUGAAAUUGGACAGGCAGGUGAUCACCAUUGCUCUGGAUACCUUCGAACAAUUGUUAUCCCGAACUAGAGAGCUUUCUCAUCUCGAUACAUUUGUAGGUGAGAUACUGAAAGUCAUCGAUGAUAGUCCGCGAGCCGCUUUCAGGGUCAUGCAAUGGCUCGUGGAAAGGCCGUCGGCGGUCCGCAAUCUGAUCCUGAAGAGCCCUCAUGUGGCUGUCCGGAACAGCACGGUAAGGGUAAUUAUCUGUGCACUCUCGAAACUCCAAGAAGCUCACCGAAGAGCCGACGAUGGGAGCAAAGAAGAGGAGAGAUGGUUGAAUAGAUAUUUGGACGCCUUUGAAUCAUUGGUAAACACCCUGGACGAUCUCUGGACCAUGAUUCAUACGGUGGGCAGGUCCUGGGAUGACUACUUCGAGCUCCUACUUCUUCUCGUCAGCUUUGGCGGUGACGAGGCUGGAAUAGUCCUCAACAGCGGGUUUCUGCAGAAAUGCCUGGAGCUCGUGUGGCUUGACCACGAGGACCUGAAGCGCCUUCGCCGCCAUUAUCUGGCAUACUGUAAGCUGUUGGAGAAAGGCCGAAGGUUCUCGCAUCGGAAGAUGAUGGAUCUUCUGGCGGCGCUACUGGAACAUGUUAACCUCACCGUGCCGCCAAAUCCAGACGAUCGACGGCGGAUAUUGUCAGACGGCAGGUACACUCUCACCAUCACGGAGAGUGGUCUCGUGCGACCAUUGGGGAUGAAACAGGAAUUACUGGUUCUUCAAAAGGUUCUCCAGCAGUACAGCAGUCCUCAGGCUUGCAGAAGAAUAGUUGGUGUGUUUAUUGAUGCGGAGCCCGACGCAGGCCUUCUCGACCCCAUCUGCAGAAUGUUGGAAGAAGGGCUGAGGCUCUCCCCUGCAGAAACUUGUACUCCCUUCUUGGAGGCAACAUUGGUUUUCUGCCGUCAGAGUCCCGACAAAGACCGGGUCGCUGGUUUGAUUGAGUUUGUGUCGAAAGGGAUUGAGACCAUCAACAACAGCGGAGGGAAAGAACAUCUCACCUUCUUCACGAGCGUCAUGACCAGCAAAAAUGAGCGUAUCGGACUUGAUGAGACUUGGUUUCUGAAACAACUCAUUGACAAUAUUCCGGACUGGGCCCCUACAUUGCUUAUUUACCCUGAAAGGGCUGUGAGAAACAUGACCCUGGAAGUUUUACGCCAGACCUUGUUCAGUGUUCAAGAUGGGGUGGGUGAGAAUUGGGAAACGCAUCAGGCAGAGGUCGCCAAGCAGCUGGUGGCUGCAAGCCUUGAGAGACUUCACAAGCUGUGUCAGCAUGCAUCCAGCACUGGCGUUGACACUAAAAGUCUUGACUGCGUUCGGACGGUUAUCGACCACUGCCUUACCACAUACUUCGAUCCUAGCGACGAGGACCAAGAAGAAGUCCGUCGCGCACAUGAAUCCAUUGCAUCAUUAGAGGAGGUGUUAGCGGGCCUGCCUGAGGAGGUAGCUUCGGAAGAAUGGGAGGACAACUCCGUUAUGGCAAGCGAUUCCGAGAUGGGACCGGUAGCCUCUCCCUGAGUCCCAUGUCUCUCCGGCUUCCAAAGAAUUUGAUGUACCACAUAUGAGAGACGAAUUUACGGUCAACCUUCUUUUGUGUGCUUGUUGUGCUCUUUGCAUCUACGGCGUUCCCUUCCAGCUGAGCUUGGCUCAAUUAGACACGGGGCGUUUUCUCGUUUUCUCGUUUUUUAAACUGUUCUGGCUAAUGCUGCUUCGAUGGCUGGAUGGUUGGGUGGGAGAGGGUGUUUCUGCUGCUGUCCAUGGUCUGUGUCUGCUUUAGCCGGUUUUCAAUAGUGCUUUUGCUCUUCACUCCUUCUGUGUUGUGUGUUGUUCGAGAGUAAGAUGGCUCUGCUUUACUCCGUGUGAUGAUUCUUGUAGGGGUUGUCUGUUCGCUAUCUACCUGAUCAUCGAACGCAAUGACAG